CAGUAACCAGCAAGCACCGAUUGAAUUGAAUCCAUCAAGCAGGUCAAUGAGAAAAAAGAGGGCUCUGUCUGUGAGGACCAUAAACAAAUUAACUUCUGCCACCAGCCUGCUCUCCUUUCCCCAUUUGGCAUUCAUGAAACAACCACCCUCCAUAAUUACCUCUCCUCUAUCCUCUCUGAUUUUUCAAGCCUCAAUCCACCAUCUCCACUAAAAUUUUCUCUCCAUUGCUGUUCUAUAGCUCUUCUUUCUUGACCAAUAAUGCCUGGAAACACUGUAAAAUUGCUGUGUUUCAUCUUAGCAAGCUAUCUAGUAUUCAAUGUUGUCCUCUCCUCAGGGAAUCCGUUCACCAGAAAGACUUACAUUAUUCAGAUGGAUAAGCAUGCAAAGCCGGAAUCCUUCUCCGAUCACCUUGAAUGGUACUCCUCGCUGGUAAAAUCAGUGUUGUCUCCCGAAAACGAAACCAAUGCAGACCAUCAAGAGAGAAUAAUUUAUAGCUAUCAGACUGCUUUUCAUGGGGUUGCUGCCAAGUUAAGUGAAGAAGAAGCUGAGAGGCUAGAGGAAGCAGAUGAUGUAGUGGCUAUAUUCCCAGAGACUGUCUAUCAACUACACACCACUAGAAGCCCCAUGUUCCUCGGGUUAGAACCUGAAGUAAGCACAAGUGUCUGGUCUCAAAAAAUUGCAGAUCACGAUGUUAUAGUAGGAGUGCUAGACACAGGGAUAUGGCCAGAAAGUGAAAGCUUCAAUGACAAAGGCAUGAGUCCAGUGCCUGCUCACUGGAAAGGUACUUGUGAGACAGGCCGAGCUUUUGAAAAACAUCAUUGCAAUAGAAAAAUUGUCGGUGCAAGAGUUUUUUACAGGGGAUAUGAAGCCACUACCGGAAAAAUCAAUGAGCAAAAUGAGUAUAAAUCCCCAAGAGAUCAAGAUGGUCAUGGAACUCACACAGCAGCCACUGUUGCUGGCUCUCCUGUACAUGGAGCAAAUCUGUUGGGCUACGCUUAUGGAACAGCAAGAGGAAUGGCACCUGGUGCAAGAAUUGCGGCUUACAAGGUCUGCUGGGCUGGAGGGUGUUUUAGCUCAGAUAUUCUGUCUGCAGUUGAUAGGGCAGUGGCUGAUGGAGUGAAUGUUCUCUCAAUAUCUUUGGGUGGUGGCGUUUCAUCUUACUAUCGGGAUAGCUUGUCCAUAGCAGCUUUUGGAGCGAUGGAGAUGGGAAUUUUUGUUUCUUGCUCGGCUGGAAAUGGGGGACCUGGCCCUGCCAGCCUCACAAAUGUAUCACCAUGGAUUACCACAGUUGGCGCCAGCACCAUGGACAGAGAUUUUCCCGCCAUCGUCAACCUGGGAGCAGGAAGAACUGUAACCGGAGUUUCACUCUAUAAAGGCCGGAGGAAUCUUUUGGCAAACAAGCAUUAUUCUCUUGUUUAUAUGGGUACCAACUCUAGUAGCCCUGAUCCAAGUUCUCUGUGCUUAGAAGGAACUUUGAAUCCUCAUAUUGUUGCUGGAAAGAUUGUGAUAUGUGACCGUGGUAUUAGUCCAAGAGUACAAAAGGGCCAGGUGGCGAAAGAUGCAGGAGCAGUAGGCAUGAUUCUAUCAAAUACAGCAGCAAAUGGAGAAGAACUUGUUGCAGAUUGUCACCUACUUCCAGCAGUAGCGGUGGGGGAAAGAGAAGGGAAAUUGAUCAAACAUUAUGCUUUAACAAGUAGGAAUGCUACUGCAACUCUAGCUUUUCUUGGUACGAAAGUAGGAAUUAAGCCUUCUCCAGUGGUUGCGGCGUUUUCAUCCAGAGGACCAAACUUCUUGAGCCUUGAGAUUCUGAAGCCUGAUGUUGUUGCCCCAGGCGUGAACAUAAUUGCUGCUUGGACUGGUGAUACAGGUCCAUCAAGUUUGCCGACAGAUCCUCGCAGAGUGAGGUUUAACAUUCUGUCAGGAACUUCCAUGUCGUGCCCGCAUGUAAGCGGAAUUGCAGCACUGCUCAAGGCUAGGCACCCAGAAUGGAGUCCAGCAGCAAUUAAAUCAGCUCUGAUGACAACAGCUUAUGUUCAUGAUAAUACCCUGAAGCCACUACAAGAUGCCUCCGUGGAUGCUCCUUCCAGCCCAUAUGAUCAUGGAGCAGGACACAUAAAUCCAUUGAAAGCUCUAGACCCAGGUCUGAUUUAUGAUAUUGAAGCCCAAGACUACUUUGAAUUUCUAUGCACGCAGGGGCUUUCACCAAUGCAGCUGAAAGUUUUUGGCAAGCAUGCAAACAGAACGUGCCAAAAAUCUCUCAGAAGUCCAGGGGACUUGAAUUAUCCAGCUAUUUCAGUAGUGUUCCCAGACAAUACAUCCAUUUCUUCUUUAACCCUUCACAGAACGGUUACCAAUGUUGGUCCUCCAGUUUCAUCAUACCAUGCAGCAGAAUCUAAAUUCAAAGGUGCAACAGUUAAAGUUGAACCAAGAACCCUGAAGUUCACCGGCAAAAACCAGAAACUAUCUUACAAGAUUACCUUCACCACAAAAUCUCGGCAAAUAAUGCCCGAGUUUGGAAGCUUAGUAUGGAAGGAUGGAGUUCACAAAGUGAGAAGCCCAAUUACUAUCACAUGGUUGACCCCAAUAUAGAUCUGCCGCUUGAUUCAACAUGGUUCGAGAAUAAGUAUCCAGGGUGUUUUAUGAAGAGCCAAGAUGGCUCACUCAUUUUUAUUACUACAUCUACAUGCAAUGCUGUUUUUCCUUCUCUCUUUCUUUCAAUGGUAUGUCUUGAAUUCUCCA